ACUAGGAAGAGGUCCUCACAGACUAUACGUAGAUUUUGUCAACGGAAGCUGAGUUUAUUUGCCAAAAUUCAGACCAGUUUCUACCAUCUGUUUAUUCAAUAAAGAAAGAUGCUUUCAAUGUUCAACUCCAUUCCAACCCAUAUGGAUUAUAAAGGCCAGAAACUGGCAGAGCAGAUUUUCCAAGGAAUUAUACUUGUCUCAGCGGUCAUUGGAUUUAUUUAUGGCCUCAUCAUUGAACAGUUUGGAUGGACAGUGUACAUAGUCUUGGGAGGAUUUGCUGUGUCCUGUGCGCUGACUCUGCCACCAUGGCCAAUGUACCGAAAAAACCCUCUCUCUUGGCAGCCAGCCCUACCCGAAACCACGGCAGAGACGAGGGAGAAACCUCAAGAGAAUCUGAAGAAGAAGAAGCACAAGUAGCUCUUGGCUGUGUGGACCCAACUGUCCUGUUGAAAUGGGAAAUUAACGCCGGUGAAAUAAAAUAGUUUAAAGAAUUUGAAAGGAUCACUUUUUUUUACAGUUUUUGUUCAGAUUUAUGAUGAGUUUGAAUGUCCAAUAAACAUAUUCUGGUACUUUG